CGAAUUUCCCCACAAUUACUUUGCUUCUUUUCUCUCUUCAUACUCCUGUCCUUUUCGAUUUUUUUUUUCUACAGAACAAAGCAUAAGAUAGAUAAAAUGACGAUCAAAGAUAAUAAUAUCAUUGAUGUCACACUUCCCAACUAUGGCACCCUACGUGGCCUUGUUGACCAGGCUCGUCAAGUGGCAAUCUUCCGUAAUGUGCCAUAUGCCAUCGUCCCAGAGCGCUGGCGUGCAGCUGUUAAGGUUGAACCAUGGUCCGGUGUUCGAGAUGCUACCGAACAAGGACCUGUCUGUCCUCAGCAGCCUUCCACGUUCGCACUUAACCUUUUAUUGCCAAAAGACGCUGUACCAACUGGAAAGGGCAAGUAUGAGUUUGGACUGGACCAUGAUGAGAAAAACUGUCUCAACCUCAACAUUUUUGUGCCUCUCCAAGCCCUUAACGCCCCAGAAGGAACCGAGCCAAUUCCCGUCUUAACCUGGAUCCAUGGUGGAGCUUUCCAAGACGGAUCUAAUGGAUUACCGUUAUAUGAUGCAAUCAAUUUUGUUGAGCACUCCAUCCAAUUGCAACAACCUGUGAUCGUUGUUACUGUCAAUUACCGUCUGAAUGUCUUUGGAUUCCUCGCCUCCAAGGAGCUGGAGCAAGAUGCUCAGGAAUAUUACACUGCCAAUUCUUCUCCUACUGUCUCUUACGAUCAAUCCGUCGGUAACUGGGGCUUGAUGGAUCAAAAGCUUGCGUUCCAGUGGGUUCGAGAGAAUAUUUCAGCGUUCGGCGGCAAUACAAAGAACGUCAUUGCAUGGGGUGAGUCUGCAGGAUCAAUCUCCAUUCACUACCAUAUGCUCUUACCCUCACACCAUGGGCUUUUCGACCACGCUAUCAUGCAAUCCGGUACCGUUUCCACGAUCUCCCCUAUGUUCAUCCACACGGAUGGCCAGCUUAUUUUUGAUACUCUCUUGACAAAAUUAAACAUUCCCUUGGACUUGGACUCUAAAGAAAAGUUGAAGCGCUUGAGAGCCGUGCCAAGUGAGGAAUUGAGCAUUGUCGGACAAGGCAUUGCUGCUAAAGGCUAUGGUCCUUUCUACGACGGCGGCAAGGUCAUCCCUUCCAAAGUCCCUAUCCAAGUUUUGGCUAAGGAUCUCUCUGCUUAUGAUCCUGGUCUCAAAUCAGUCCUGAUCGGCGCUAAUAAGGAUGAGGGCUCUGCGUUUACAGGUCUUUUUGGAAACCACAACUUGCAGACAUGGCCUCAUCUGCUCAACCGGUUUAUACCCGAUCCACAGAUGGCCGCACUCUUCCAAUCCGUCUAUGGAAAUCCAGAGACAGAUGCGGAUGUGACCAAAAUCAUUGGGGUCUAUACAGGUGAUUUCAAGUUUACAUAUACUACUCAGGUGCUUGUCGACACAUUCAAGAGGCUUGAUCAACAACGCAGCGAGGCCGGGUUCAAGGUCAUUCGAUAUCAUUUUGAUGCAGCAACUGAGAAGAUGGAGCAACUUGUUCCAGGUCUGGGCGCAAUGCAUGCAGGCGAAUUGCCAUACAUAUUCCUCCCACCUGCAGUCGAAAAGGUCUUGGUAGCAUCUGAGUUGGCUCUGGGUAAGGAAAUGCAGAAAAUCUGGAUCUCAUUUGCAAACCAAAAAGAUGUGGCCGUCAAGUCUGCUGAUACCAUGAAGACUCCUGUGCUGGAGAAUGAUGAGGCUAUUUUGAUUGGAGCUGAUCGUCAGAUUACACUCGGAAAGAGCGAUCGACUGCCGGCUGGGGUAUUGAAUUAUUGGAACAAAAUCUCGCACUUUGCAGAACAAAAGGAGCAGUCUGUUCUUAGUGCUUCGACAUAAAAAAUAAAGUAAUAAAUAUUGGAGGAC